GUAAAGUUGAGUGAGACAACUCAUCUUACAAGUGGCCCGCGGUGAAGAGAGGCUUUCCUCAAGUUUUAUACAUCCUUUUCUUCCGGAUAAUAAACUAAUUGAAUCUAACCGUCCGGGGCCCGGGACACCGAGAAAAUGGCUGCUCUUUCAGCCUGGUUCUGGAACGAGAGGUUUUGGCUCCCACACAACGUAACCUGGGCGGAUCUGGCAGACCCAGCUCCCGGGGUGGAGUACCCCAAAGCUGGACACUUGUUUACUGCCCUGCCGCUGGCUUUGGGGAUAUUCGCCGUCAGGAUACUCUUCGAAAGAUUUAUUGCCAGUGCCUGUGCCCGGAGUCUCCACAUCAGUCCAGGUGUUGGACGAAGAGCUCAGCCCAAUGCGGUGCUGGAGAAAGUGUUUACAUCCAUCACAAAGAAUCCAGACACUCGCCAUCUGGAUGGCUUGUCCAAGCAGCUGGACUGGGAGGUGCGGAAGGUCCAGCGUUGGUUCAGACACCGCAGGAACCAAGACAAACCCAGCACACACACUAAGUUCUGCGAGAGCAUGUGGAGGUUUACAUUUUAUUUGUGCAUAUUUACCUAUGGAUUCCGGUUUCUGUGGCAGUCUCCUUGGAUGUGGGAUACACGGCAUUGCUGGUACGGUUAUCCCUAUCAGGCCAUGACUCUGGGUCUUUACCACUACUAUGUGACAGAACUGGCUUUCUACUGGUCACUUAUGUUCUCCCAGUUCACUGACAUUAAAAGGAAGGACUUCCUGAUCAUGUUCAUCCAUCACCUGGCGACAGUCGGCCUGGUCAGCUUUUCUUACGUCAACAACAUGGCGCGAGUCGGGAGCCUCGUGAUGUGUGUACACGAUGCCUCUGACUUCCUGCUGGAGGCAGCCAAGCUGGCCAACUACGCUAAAUACCAGCGCCUGUGUGACUUCCUCUUCAUUGUGUUUAGUGUGGCAUUCUUCAUCACACGACUAGUUAUAUAUCCAAUAUGGGUCCUGAACUCCACUAUGUUUGAGAGCUGGGCCAUAGUUGGGCCAUUCCCGUCCUGGUGGCUCUUUAACUUCUUGCUGCUGGUCCUCCAAGUGCUGCAUAUCAUCUGGUUCUACCUCAUAGCCCGUAUAGCUGUCAAAGCCAUGCUGCGGGGCAAGGUGUGCAACGAUGUCCGCAGUGACAUUGAGAGCAGCUCUGAGGAAGAGCGCGACACGCCCACAGAAGGCCUCAAGGCUUCUCCUCACAGUUCCAAAGGAGAAAACGGCACCAACGGCCACUGUGCUUCUGCCAAAGCUCAAGUGCAGAACCACAGCAGCUGGUGACAUGAAGCAGGGAGCCCCCUGCAGUUCAUCCCUCACAACCAAGUCUCCGAGAGCUUUGUUUGUCUUAUGACAUUCCCUUGAUGUGCAAAGCUCACACCCACACACACAUACAAUCCACUAUCACACCGCAGUGAGAGCGCACAGAUUUAUGAACUGCCGAUGGAUAUGCAGACACCUGACGUCUGCUUUGAAGAGCCCUGUAAUGACACAUAUGACACAACUCGAGAGGUGACAUGUAAAAGCCUAGAUGAUAUGGAAAUCAGUUGAAGCAAGUGAUUUGCUUCAACUUAAUUUUCAAAUGAUGGGAUUUUUUUUGUGCUGAGUUUGGUUGCAGAUGUAAAUUGGUUUCAAUGUUCUCUCCCAGUUUUAUUGGUCAGAUGAACUUGAUUAUUUUUGUGUUGAGGGUUAAUUCACACUGGACCACAAAGGGCAGAAGAUCUGUGGGAUCAAACUCUGAAGUUUGCAUUUCUACUGCGCGAUGUUACAGCAGGUAUUAUAUGUAUAAAUAAUUGUAUUGUUAUGGCUGUGAUAUAUCUUUCAGUUCACUCCAAUGUCAAACGUACAUAUUCUUCCUUCUUACCUAUAGAUUAUUUUGGUGUGAGUUGCAAAGUGUUGGAGAUAUCAGCUGUAUAGAUGUCUGCCUUCUCUCAAAUAUAAUGCAACUACAUGGCACUCAGCUUGUGAUGUUCAAAGCGCCAAAAAAAAAAAAAAAAACCAUCAGAAAAACUCAACAACAAUGUCUCUUUGCAGAAAUCAUGACCCGGUUACUCAAGAUAAUCCACAGACCUUGUUGUGAGCAGUUUCAUGUAGGAACUAUUUUCUUUCUACCGAACUGCACCUGCCAACCGUAGCACUGCGCAGAAGGAAGCGUGCAUCUACUCACAGACGGGAGACUCGUGCUUGUGACAGCGUGAGAUGAAAACAUUAAUGUUGUCCUCCUCAGCUGAGCUGUAACUUUGGCUAGCUCACUGGUGCUAGGUGAGCUAGCAGUAGAUGCACGCUUCCUUCUGCACAGUGAUACAGUUGGCAGGUGUAGUUCGGUAGAAAGAAAAUAGUUCCUACAUGAAACUGCUCACAACGAGGUCUGUGGAUUAUCUUGAGUAGCUGGGUUAUGAUUUCUGGAAAGAGACAUUGCUGUUGAGUUUUAAAAAUGUAUUUUUUGGCGCUUUGAGCACCACAAGCUGAGUGCCAUCUAGUUCCAUUGUAUUAGAGAGAAGGCAGACAUCUCCAACACUUUGCAACUCACACCAAAACAAUCUAGACUGAUUAACAGCACUACAGGUAAGAGGAAAAAUACGUACUUUUGAUUUUUGCGUGAACCAUCCCCUUUAAAAGAAUGGCAAUGGCAGUGUUUGAUCUGGAGUACAACACACUUUAAACAGCAGCAAUACCUGCCCUCUGAGAUUAUUGUGAAUUAACCCUUUGACGAUGUUGUUUGGCAAUUUUGUGACUUGUUUUUUCUGUCUUAAUGUUUUUUUACUACUUCUUCCGAGACCAAAUGUUUAUGAAAUUGUUUGUUACUGCCUAUAGAGGAAUCCAGGUAUGAGGACUAUACUAAAUCUGGUAUGACGUUCUCACUUGAGUGCCUUGUAAAAAUAUAUUUCCAAAUAUAUUCUGUUGUUGAAAGGUC